AACUUGGUGGGAAAUAGCAACGGUAGAUUAUUAUCAAAAGCAAUGCUUGAAAAGAAUCAAAAGUGGAGAUAUGAAGAAUUAUUUGCCUUCUUAAAGAGUUCAAAAGCCUAUAUAAAAGGUGCGCAUAUGACAUUUGCAGAUAUUUUCAAUCCGCAGGAAAUUGCAGAUCUAAUCAGUUACUUG